AGGCCGCGCGGCCCGGCCGGGAAUCCAGGUGGUAGCUGGUGGAGUCGCCUCCGGAGAGUGACGCGCAGACUCGGCUCCCCCGCGGCCCGCCCUCCUGCCGGCCUCGCCGCGGUCUCCCUUGCUCCCUGAGAUCGCUGAGCGCUGAGCAGCGGCCCGGGAGAGGAGGCCUUGGGCGACGGGGCGCGGAGAGGGAGGGCGGGCGGGCAGUGGGGGCGCCGCGGAUCUCUAUAUGGCGACGGCUCUGUCGGGUCUGGCUGUCCGGCUGUCGCGCUCGGCCGCCGCCCGCUCCUAUGGGGUCUUCUGCAAGGGGCUGACCCGCACGCUGCUCAUCUUCUUUGACUUGGCUUGGCGGCUGCGCAUCAACUUUCCUUACCUCUACAUCGUGGCUUCCAUGAUGCUCAACGUGCGCCUGCAGGUUCACAUUGAGAUCCACUGAAGGCCAUCCUUGACUGAUAGGCCUCACCCCGACUCCCUGCAUCAAAGGGCACAGAGCAUGAAGGCUGGGAGAGGGACCCUGGGUGUCUGCCUGGCCAAACAGUCACAAGGAGGUGACCCGGACAAACUAGCAUGUGGCCUUAAGAAAAGAAGUCAGAAGAGGAACCCCAGCCCAUCAGUUGUGCCUUCUUGGACAGACCAGCCUGUAGCAGAUAGCCAUGGAAAGUCACGGGCCACGGGGGCAGCAGCCUCAGAAAUGAAGCAUGGUCAGAGCAAGGCCAGCCUCCUGCAUCAUGGUGGCUUCAAAGUGCUUCAGUCUCUGAAGGGAUCAGUGGGGAGGAGUUCAGCCCCAGCAGCCUCCCUCGGCAAGGCUGUGGCUCUGUCCCCUGCUCCUUCAGAAGAGCAACUAGCCGGGAUGUCCCAUGGCAUCGGGGAUGCACUAGGAAGUGACUGGCCAGGAAGAGAGCCCAGAGCCACAGACAACCGUGGACAGUACCUCAAAGGAGAGUCCUGGGUGUCAGGACGGCCAGGCCAUCCAAAACUGAGGGAAGUGGGAUUCCUAAGAGGUGAACCACCAAGUGCUGGCCCCAAGGGGCUAGGCACCUGGUCAGAACUGUCUCACCGAUACUUUGAGCUGGGCCAGCUGCCAUAUGCUUACCCCUAUUAUAAAGUUCUCCCAGAAGGCGAGCUGAGGUGUGUGUCCCUUGACCGUUUCAAUCCCGGGCUUUCAGAGGAAACAGUAGAAGAUGAGAAAACUCUCAAGUUCUUCAGAUGGUCCGCAGAUAGUCGUGGGGUCACUGGCUCUGCAAUCUUCCAGAUUAGCAAGUCUCUGAUGCCAUAGUUAAGGUUCAAGCAGAACAAGAAAAAUAGCAGAUUAACUUUAAUAAAGGUUGUCUUGCAGUUUCUUUUGCAUUAAGUCUGGCGUAUGCUGCAGCCGUUCAGUUCCUGUUGUUUCCUGUGAACCAGACGCACCUCGGUGGUUGAUGCAGAGGGGGACGUUUUCGAGCAUGUUCUCAAUCGUUUCGGAAAGACGCUCAGAACUGGGAACCCCCCCUCCCCCAGGAAAAUGAUUGAUGUGCUCCGUAUAAGAUCAGACAGGAACCUUUAUCACAGAGUUCUAAAUCAUGGAGACCCAUCCUCAAGGGCUAGCGUCCGGAUGCCGCCUGCCUCCGCUCACCUCUGGCCAUCUGAUGGAAGUGGAGGCCUGUAGGCUACGCCUUCCACUUCUUGUAAGCCUUGCUUCAGUCAUGAAGAGUCUUGCUUGCCAUUUCUGCACUGUACUGACUCGGCCAGAGGUCCCUUCUCACGUGUCCCCCUCCUUCCGCCCGAGUUGCAGUUUUUAAUGGAGGCACUUUGGAGAAGUUGCAAUAUUAAAUUGAGGAUAAUUUACAAUUACAGAAGAGUCUGAAGCUUUCCUGCCGACAGAACACAGACAGCAAACGAAGCAAUGAAGCAUUUUCCUUUAUACCGGCCCAGGACUUGUGAUUUCUUUUACAUUAAGAUUUUCUUCCAAAGUGACCCUCCCUCCUUCUGUGGUUUGGUAACUUUAAUAAAGGUCAUUUAAAGAGUGGACAUUUUACAGCCUCCCUACCCAAGACAGAGUUAAAAACAGCCAUGGGAGAGUUGGGGGACCCUGACUGUAUAUGUCAUUUAUAUUGUGUCCUAAAUUACUAUGCCAUGGGCUAUUUUAGUGUUUUGGGAAAAUAAUAAAAUCUGUUCUUUAGCAUAAUAAAUAUGUUUUAUUUUGUGUGUGUG